ACCAGUCGAGGCUUAGGCGGUCUUGGAUUGGCUCAAACUACGAUGGGAUGGUAAAACUAGCUUCUGGGAACAUGAAGCGCCCAACAGGGGUUUCCCGAACGCGCAGCCUCCUCGCUGGCCUGUGUUCCGAAAGUAUAUGGAAGAGGGCUGGAAAGCGAGAGCUAAGGUGGACUGGUGUUCAUAUACUGAUUUCGAGCCACCAGUGAGCUGUUUACUGCCGUUUACUCUUCACCAAACCCCUCUAAUAGAUUGGUCGAAAUGGACUAGUCUUCUCGGAACUACAACGCCAUUUGAUGUGUCAUUAGGGGCCUGGCUAGAAAUAUAUAAGGGGGCGAGUGGACGAAACAACCAGCCCUUGGCCUUGGCAACUUCGUCUCGUCAGCUUGAGCAGUCUGGCCGGCCUGUCCAUUUGGCUCCAUCGAUAAGCGACCCCCGCGCCUCCAAGAGACAGAGAACAAACUUGGAUGACUUAUUUGAAGAUCGCGAACUCCCGAUGGAAUCUUCCGCAGAAGGGUCAGGUCAAAAUCAGGCUCAGAGUAAUAAUCGUCUUCAGACGCGAUAUGGAGUUUUCGAACUCCGCGAACCAGGGUUGUGGGUUCUACGCGAUAAAGGGCUUGAUUUCAAGCUCAAGUUGUGCCUGAGUGCUAUUUAUGAAGAGGGGGAUGAUGAUGGUCGUGAACGUCCAGAGGCCUCGGAAGGCUUUAAUGCUGAGGGUUCUAAUGCCAACCAACAACCCAUUACUAGUGCAGGUCCUGCUAGCAGCAGCAGCAAUGGUACGCAGGUUGGGUCCCAUGCGUCAGGGAGUGGCCAACCUGGCCGACGGGUGCGAACUAGGCGACGACUGGUUACUAGGCAGAGCUUUUUGGGAGGUUCCAGGACUGAGUCAAACAGUGCAUCCGGAAUUAAUGCGGACCCUACAGGCAGCCAAAGUUCAGUUCAAUCUACCAGCGCAGAAAAAUUUCACCUUACACUGCAACUACAACUUCAAGAGCAACCUAAUUUCUCUGUUUCGCAUCCGCCUGGUCUUGGUACAACAUUUCAAAGAGUUUAUGAUACCCUCAAAAAUCCUCAGAUUCACACCAUGGCCGAAAUAGAAAUGGCGAAUGAAAUGCAGCAAUUGUACCCGCAUCUGUUUUGCGACGGCCGAACCAAGCUACUGCAAAAUGGCCCGAACAGAUACUCUCGGGUUGUCCAUUUCGAUGGACAACAUGUCGGCGUAGCCAACUUCUUCCAGGAAGAAUUGCCGCAGAUCCGCGGCUUCAACGUGGACAUGAUCAUCCACUACAUCAUGAGCGGCAUCCACGAUCGCACCUCGCUGGUGCCUUACUUCUGGUUCCGACGAAUUCGCGUCCGCUUCGACAGCGUCUACGUCGGCGAUAUCGAGAUCGACCACCUGCCGAACCCUCUCCCUGCCUACGACAAUUACGAGAGUCCGCCUUCGCGGAUCUUCCAGGUCCACGACCCGCUGCGAAGCUCGCGAGACCCUCCCGUGGAUAUCCCGGAUGCCCCCCCGGUUAGGGCUGGGGCCAACGCACCGGGUAUCAACAACAGCGUUGCGGCGCUUGUGGUCGCACCUCCCGCCAAUGCUGCCGCCGGAAACGCCGCCGCCGACGCUCCUGCGGCUCCUGUGGCUCCUAUGGCUCCCAUGGCUCCUGUGGCUUCUGUGGCUCCUGUGGCUCCUGUGGCUCCUGUGGCUCCUGUGGCUCCUGCCGACGUGCCUCUUGGCAACGCGCCGGUUGCAAACGCACCGGCUGCCAAUGCACCUGGCGCCAACGCGUCCAUGACCGCUCUCCCGGGCCAUCUCUUCCAGCAAGAUGGCCGUACAAAGAUCAUAUCCUACAGACCCGUUCGUAAAAUCAUGUUCGGUCUUAUCACCUACGAUGAGAAGACCGUCGGUGAGAUCACGGCGUCUGAGGAGAUGUCAGCGAGCCUAAAGCGAAGGCACGUGCGGAAGGCGGAGCGAUUCGCCAUGUUGUUCAAGGACGACGGCCGCACCGAGGUCCGCUUCAACGCGGCCACAGGCAAGCUCGAGGUCUACUACGACCGCAACCUCUUUGGCGUCAUCAAGGUCGACCAUCCGGCCCUAGGCCUAUAGGGUAAAGGAAGAGAAGGAGAUAGGAGACGAUAGGGUCUCGAGGGUGAUAGGGACGAGGAGAAGGAGAGAGGGAGAGAGGGAGAGAUGGAGAAGAGUCCUCGGACAUACCGAGGAUUCGUUGCCACUUAGGGCAAGGAAGGGGAUAUACCCAACAUUUGCAGCUUUCUUGCUUUGCAUUUGCAUUACGACCACGGUCGAUUCGCAAGCCUACAAGGCUAUGAUUUCGCCGCUAUGAUUUUACGAUUCGUGUUUUACGAGGAGGACGAGAAGGAUGAGAAGGAGUAAAAAGAUUGUUGCAACGUUCGUUCAUUUCUCUAAUAGUCCGUUUCUACUGGGCACUUAAUGAAUCCAUAUGCUAUAUAUUUAGUCAAAUGGACCUCGUGUCGUUUUUUUCUUUCUUAUUAUCAAGGUACCCGUUCGUAGGGUUAGUUAUGAAAUUCCAUACGAUGAAUUCUGAUCGCAAACUUUUAUUGAGUGCCAAUGAUGAUGAUAAUAAUAAUAAUACAUAAGGUGCCUCAACUUCGACGGUGAUGAGAUGUAGUUGGUUUUGGUGUUGU